AAAAGAGGACGCAGGACAGCGCUUCUGAAAGUUCUUUCCAUGCAGAACACGUGACUGUGUUAUUUAUUCCUCUGUGAAUGUAAACUGCUGCUUUGUAAUAUAAACAAUGUCUCUUACAAACAACGGGGAUUGUAACGACGCUACUGCACUUUUGGAUAAGGAACAUCCACGUGUCCUCAUCCCUGAGCUGUGCAGACUCUUCUAUCAGCUUGGAUGGGUGACAGGAACAGGAGGUGGAAUAAGCCUUAGACAUGGGGAUCAUAUUUAUAUCGCACCAUCUGGAGUUCAGAAGGAAAGAUUACAGUCAGAGGACAUGUUUGUGUGUGACAUUGAGGAACGAGACAUCAGCACUCCUCCACCAUGCAAGAAACUAAAGAAAAGCCAGUGCACACCGCUGUUCAUGAACGCAUAUACAAUCAGGGGAGCCCAAGCGGUUAUUCAUACGCAUUCGAAGGCUGCUGUCAUGACCACUUUGCUGUUUCCUGGCAAGGAGUUUCGCAUCACACACCAAGAAAUGAUCAAAGGGAUUCGCAAAGGAAACUCAGGCUCAAAUUUCAGAUACGAUGAGACGCUGGUGGUGCCGAUCAUUGAGAACACUCCAGAGGAAAAGGAUCUGAAGGAGCGCAUGGCCAGAGCUAUGGAGGAGUACCCAGACUCCUGUGCUGUGCUCGUCAGACGGCACGGAGUCUACGUGUGGGGAGAGAGCUGGGAGAAAGCCAAGACCAUGUGUGAAUGUUAUGACUACCUGUUUGACAUCGCUGUGAAGAUGAAGCAAUGCGGUUUAGAUCCGUCCGCACUUCCCACCGAAGCUGAAGGCAUUAUUUAAUCUGACUCAUUGCUGACGUCUGGAUGACGCUCGCGUUUUGUCAGUGGAGCAGACAAUGAGGCACAAAUUGAAUACCCGUUCAUCACUUUGGUUCAGACUUCACCAAUCAGAUAUCAUGAUACGUGCUACUUCUUACACGUGGAAUUAUGAAUAUUUUGUAAUUAAGGAUAAUAAAUCACUAUCUGAUUUAUA